UGAAGAUAAACAACUUCUUGUUUCUCUAGUGUCUAGUCCCAUUAUGCUUACAGUAGCAGCAUCUGUGUUGAUAGCAAGCAUUCUGAUUUAUGCAUAUCAGAGAACGAAACCUCCUCCACCAAAAAUUACCGGGACACCAACAGGUCCUCCUGUUACUUCACCAAGAAUUAGACUCAGUGAUGGUAGACAUUUGGCUUAUAGGGAGAAAGGCGUGCCUAAAGAAAAUUCCAGAUACAAGGUCAUCCUUGUCCAUGGCUAUGACAGCUCCAAGGAUUUAUAUUUGCCACUUUCUCAAGAAGUAAUGGAUGAGCUAGGUUUGUAUGUUGUGACAUUUGACAGAGCUGGAUAUGGAGAAAGUGUACCUAACCCAAAACGCAAUGUGAAAAGUGAAGCAUUUGAUAUCCAAGAACUUGCUGACCAGUUGCAGCUAGGCCCAAAAUUUCAUGUCAUUGGACUCUCCAUUGGAACUCACGCAGUUUGGGCCUGCCUCAAAUACAUACCACACAGGUUAUCUGGUGUCACACUAGUAGUUCCAGUGAUCAAUUACUGGUGGCCUUCUUUUCCUCCAAAAUUGGCCAACGAGGUAUUUGAGAAGCAACUUAGAAGGGAGCAAUGGAAACUGCGGAUUGCACACUAUGCACCUGGACUGUUAUAUUGGUGGAUGACACAGAAGUUGUUCCCUAAUGAUUCUGUAAUGGAGAUAUUAUUUAACAAACGGGAUGUGGAAACCAUAAAGCAAAUGUCACAAGUGCCUAUGCCCAACGAGUAUGAGAUACGGCAGCAAGGUGAAUAUGAAUCCCUACACCGAGAUCUAAUAGUGCAUUUUGGCAACUGGGAAUUUGACCCUAUGGAGCUAAAAAGUCCAUUCCCCCAAAAUGAGGGGUGUGUCUACCUUUGGCAGGGUCAUGAAGACAAGCUUGUACCAUAUGAACUACAACGUUACCUUGCCAAGCAACUACCUUGGAUACGGUACCAUGAAGUUCCUGAUGGCGGCCAUCUAAUGAUUCAUGAAAAAUGUUUUUGUGAAGCUAUUUUCAGAGAACUUUCGCAUGGAGAAGAACCAACAAUCAAAUAGGCCUGGUUAUGCCUAGCACAGUCUCAUCUCUCUCAGACAUGAUGAAAAUGUGCCAAUGGGGCAGCAUGUUUGCUGUAAUGAAAGUAAUAGAGUCACAGGGCUCAAUCAAUAAUCAUCUACAUUCUGACCACUGCUUGUGAGUUAUGGCUUACAUGUAUUAAUAUAAAAUCCAUGAACUUUAUCUCUUUGUAUCAAAAUAAAAUGCACUCUAUCGUUGGCUUCGCAAUGCAUUCGGAGAUGUUUUGAGUUAUUGGCU